GUUUAUGAGUUCACUCCAACAAUAAAAAGAAACUACUCAACUGACUUUACGCCUGCAUUAGCUACAAUGAACUAUCACAGAAAAAUGAUGCAGCAGUUCAUGGCUUCUGACUACCUAACUAAGCAGAUAAUGCACUUGAAUGAAGAUCGAUAUAACCAAAAGAUUAACAGACGAGUAGGCGAAUUUCAGAAUAAAUCAAAUUUAUUUAAUGAGGAUAAUCAUUCGUUACUCUUCGACGAUGGUUCUACGAGAUAUAAUGCUUGGUUAAGAACAACAACACUGGACGAUAUUCAACGUCAGUUAAAUCAUGCAGCAAACAAUUUAAAAAACGUCGAUAGUCCAGUUCGAAGACAAAUGUUGGAUCCUGCUGCAAAAUCAGCUUUGGAGGUCUAUGAGGCUGACGAAGAUAGCGACUCUGGCGACAUUACAGGCUACGCAUACGACAGUUCUUAUAAUGACAGCAACUAUUUCAAUGCAAAAUGA